AUGAACAAUUUUUCUGUAAAUUCUCACUUUUUCGCUGUAAUUGAAAAUGAUAACCGGUCUCUGCAACUGCCACUUAUGAACUUGAUUAAUGUUAUUUCCACUAUCAUAGUAUUUAUUUUACUCUAUGCAAUAAUUUCGAGAAAACGAAAAAAAGAAUCUCAAAUUUAUCAGAUAGUUUUGAUAACUCAUUGUUUCACGUUGUGGCUUUCUCAAGUUUAUUGGGGAAGUUUUCAUAGCCUCGUGUUUUUAUUUCCAUUUCCUGGAUUAUAUGGUAUCGGGUAUCUUGCUCCAUUUUUGAGCUCUUAUGUUCUAGUGAUUAUUUGGAUUUUUUUAUUUGCAAUUACGGUAUUCACAAUGUUCAUAAUUUUGAUCUUGAGGCUUCGUGGUGUCACUCGAAAAAACAGUAAUUUUUAUUUCUCCACAACCGCCUACUCAAUUUUCUCAGCUUUUUUUGCAAUGUAUAUAGCGAUUCCCAUGCCGUUUUGCUGGAUAUCAGCCGGCUCUUCAAUAUCUGAAACACAGGAUUUUGUGAGAAAAUUCUAUCCGAAUGCCACAAAGGUUUUGGAUAUUCCUGGAAUUUUUGUUUAUACCGAUUCCUGGAAGUUUCAUCGAAUUUUGGUUGUAGCGAUGGUUUUGCUGGUUUCUGGAGGCGUUCUUUACAUCUUUCUAUGUCAAAUCAUAAUCUACGAAAUCCGGCUGCAAUGCAAACUUUGGAGCGAGAAAAUAGUAAAAUAUCACAGAAAAGCGCUGAAAGAUACGAUUAUUCAGAACUUACUGUUUGGCACGUUUCUUGCAGCAAUCCCACUUUUUCAAAUUCUCAAUGCAUACAGGGACCCCGAGGUGGACACAAUUACCACGACAAUCAUAACCAACGCAAUUUUUGUAUCGUCUCCAAUUCCCUACGCCAUAACAAUAUUCUGUCAAAACACACAAUACAGGCAGGCUGUAAUAACAACGUUUCGUGUUCAACCCAAACCGCCAAAUGUGGGAUCGACUAUUCAAGUUUCGGUAGCUCGACCAAUUUGA